AUGGCCGAAGUGAGUGAUCGUUGCAGGGUGUUUCCUGUUGCCUUCCUUAAACGGAAGAACUUGAGUCGGGAAGAAAGUGAUGAACAACAAGCCGAAGUAUGGAGGAUGAAAGAACGAAUGAAAACAGUUUCUGUUGCUCUCGUUUUGUGCUUAAAUGUCGGCAUGCUACCUUACGCGCGACUGGAAUGCUGGAUUGAUCCGCUUGUGGUCAGCCAACAAAAAGCUCUUGAGGUCAUUGGACUUACACUUCAAAAGCAAUACGAAUGGUGGCAGCCACGUGCCAGGUACAAGCUGAGCCUUGAUCCUACGGUAGAGGACAUCAAGAAGUUGUGCAUAUCGCUGAGGAAGAAUGCGAAAGAUGAACGCGUUCUGUUUCAUUACAAUGGUCAUGGCGUUCCGAAACCGACGAAAAACGGCGAAAUUUGGGUUUUCAACAAGACGUAUACGCAGUACAUUCCGUUGAGCGUUUUCGACCUUCAGGCGUGGAUGGGUGUACCGAGCAUUUAUGUGUGGGAUUGUAACUGUGCUGGAAUGGUGAUCGAGAGUUUUCGAACAUUCGGUGAUGAAAUAAUCAUUAGUGUAACAGAAAUAUUUAGGGGCGUCGACUGUAUACAUCUCGCUGCUUGCAUGGCUGACCAAGUGUUACCGAUGAAUCCCGAGCUGCCUGCUGACCUGUUCACAAGUUGCCUGACGACGCCGAUCCGUGUCGCGAUCAUGUGGUAUAUCUUACAAAAUAACCUGACCGACAAAUUACCACUGAAUGUUGUUGAUAAAAUUCCUGGUCAGCUAAAUGACCGGAGGACGUUGCUUGGUGAAUUGAACUGGAUUUUCACCGCAAUUACAGAUACGAUUGCUUGGAACACGUUACCGAAAGAACUUUUCCAGAAACUCUUUCGACAGGAUCUUCUGGUUGCCGGUCUGUUCAGGAACUUCUUGCUGGCUGACCGCGUCCUGCGCAGCUACAGCUGCACUCCGGUAUCAAAUCCCGAACUGCCGACCACGCAUGAACAUCCGAUUUGGCAGGCGUGGGACUACGCGCUGGAUGUCUGUCUGUCGCAGUUAAAUGUGAAUGCACUUGCCCCCCACGCUGGUGGAGAAACCAACGGGGUCAGUGGACCAAAAUUUUUAGGUGGAGGUGAAUUGCCUGAAACGAAUGACUACACGCACAGUCCAUUUUUCGCCAGCCAGUUAACAGCGUUCGAAGUUUGGUUGAAAUAUGGACACGAUCGUCGUGUCUCCCCUCAACAGUUACCCAUCGUUUUGCAAGUUUUGCUAAGUCAAGUGCAUCGCGUACGUGCACUUGAACUUUUGGGAUGUUUUCUGGAUUUGGGUGCCUGGGCUGUGAACUUAGCACUAUCUGUUGGUAUAUUUCCUUACGUGCUGAAACUGUUGCAAUGCGCGGCAAAGGAACUUCGGCCUCUGCUGUCGUUUAUCUGGGCAAAGAUACUGGCUGUCGACUCUGGCUACCAAACAGAUCUGAUCAAAGACGGUGGUCAUAGAUACUUUCUGCAGUUUUUGAGUGACCCUACGGUGAGCAGCGAAAACAAAGUCGUUCCGGCUUUCGUGAUCGCCUCGAUACUGGAUGGCAACAGAGCUGGGCAAGAGGCGGUCUUGCAAGGUGGCUAUAUCUCCAUAUGUUCCGACCUGCUCAGUGAGUGUAAAUCGGUUUUGCUGCGACAGUGGUUAACGAUCGCACUUGGACGGUUAUGGUAUGGAUACGAUGUUGCAAGGUGGCAGGGGGUAAGAUGUGCAGUGCACGAAAAACUGUACGAGAUGCUGAAAGACAGCAACUGCUUCGUUCGUGCGAGCGUCGUCUUCGCACUCGGCUGCAUGGUUCGAAACGGUGCAAAGCAGACUGACGAGCAGGCGGUCAACCUGGUACACUCCAUAGCAAUGACACUUAUCUCGGUGGUGCUCAACGAUGGUUCAUCGAUGGCCCGCAAAGAGUUGGUGGUGGCGCUACAUUGGUUCGUACUUAACUUCGAGAACCAAUUCAUCACCAUCGUCUAUGAAAUGCUCGACGAGAAACGUUCACAGACCGAGCCGCAGAAGAGGAAGACCGACAUGAAUGAUUCGAUGGCUUCGCAUGGCUGCGGAAGCGACAACUUGCAGGAACGCCGCCGCGAAAACUCCAUUACUGUAGCCGAGAACCUCAAUUCCGCGCUUCUUGGCAAAACGCCGAGUCUCAGCCGCCAAAAUUCGUUCGCCAGCUCUCCUCAGUCUCCCGCCAGUGGUAAGUCACUUAUUACUUAUUUCACCGUGUCCGAUCGAACGACUUAUUUAACAGUGUUGUUUUUUGUAUGUUUUCUUACGGAUAAUGGCUGA